CCGCCUCCCUCUUUCUUCCCCAUCUUCAAACUCAACCUCUUUUGUCCUCCGUAGCAGAGAUGUCGAGAGCCACCGUGGAGCUUGAUUUCUUCGGUAUGGAAAAGGAGAACUCCUCCAAGUCUCCCUCCCAGCAAUUCCUUCAACGCCGGCGAAGCUUUUGCGAUAUUCAGAGUGCCAUUUCGAAGAUCAAUCCGGAGCUCGUCAAGUCUGUGAUUGCCUCUGGUUCUGCCAACCGGAUCGACCCAAAAACUUCAUUUUCGGUGCCUUGUACUCCUACAGAUCUGGUGCCGAGCUUCUUCCCGGCUUUACCUGUUCUCAAUCCAGUUUCCAGAACUGCAUCCGAGAUCCCUCCUGCUCCUGAAACCACUCCGUUGACGAUUUUCUAUAACGGAACGGUAUCCAUCUUCAACAUCCCUCGGGAUAAGGCGGAGGGUAUUCUGAAACUUGCGGUUGAAGGAUCCUCCAAAAGGGUUGAAUCGACAGAUUCGGAGGUUACGGUUCCGUCAAGCGAUCAACAACAGCUGCUUGAAUCCCUUAAUGGAGAUUUACCACUUGCUCGGAGGAAGUCAUUGCACAGAUUUCUGGAGAAACGCAAAGAGAGAUUGACUUCAGUGAUGCCGUACGCAUGUUUCACCUAAAGACGCGUUUCUCAGGACAAGAAAACUGCUAGUUUCUAGCUUAGAAAAGGGUAAUAAUAGUCUAUAGAAAUGUUUUUUAAUUCUAUUUUCUCAUGUUUAUGGAUGUAAACAACAAGUUAUAAUAUAUAUAUAUAUAUGGAGAGAGUUACGAAUAGAAAUGACUCAGUAGAUACCUCCAUUGGCUUUUUAAGUGAGGGUGUUUUGGCAUUUAUUCAAUGCCGGUUUCGCCUCACUUUCCUUACUUUAUUGUGCGGAUUUGAAGCUAUUAUGGAUCAGAUCACAUGUAUGCUAGCUGACGCUUUGUUUUGGAAGAUACCUUGUGACUUCCUUUUUUUAAUUUUAAUGGAAUUUAUUAUUAGCACGUGUUUUUUUUAUUU